AUGACGUCUGCAGCAAGCUGUUACUUGUCAAGGAUAGCAGCAAACUUCAGCCGGGAAAACGCAUCUAAGGAGACCAAACAAGAAGCAAAGUUACUGGCAGAGUGCUCAACAGCCCUUCGCAGAAAAUCAAGGAAACGAAAGCAGGGAAGGAGGGAUGGAGGGAUGGAGAGCGGAAGGAGGAAAGAUGAGGGGGAAACAGUCCCCAACCCUUCCCCUGGAAUAUCUGAAGGCAUACCCAUCACUCACACCCCGGAGUGCGUCCAGGCCCAGGAGACUCCAGCCUCCCGGCUAGAACAGCUGCCUCCCUUAGAAAGAGCCCCGGAGCACUUGUGGUCAGCGAGGUGGCGGCAACAACAAAACGAUUCGUCUCUGAGUAAGAGGGUGGUGUCAGUCUCCAGAAGGCUGAGGCUCCCGACCAGGGGAGACUCCAGGAGACCCAAAGGCAGGCUGCAUGCGGAAGUCUGGGCCACACCUGGCGUGGCUCACCUCAGGAUCACCACCGGUCCCGCCAGUCGCCUUCCUGUUAGAUUUAUUUUCAAAGAGGGCUGGGGCCACCCAGGAAGGGUGGGUGACCUCGGCAGUUUACACAACCUCCCCAAGCCUCCUUUGUUCAUUUAA